AUGCCGAAGAAUAAGGGAAAGGGUGGUAAAAAUCGUCGUCGUGGAAAGAACGAGAAUGACAAUGAAAAGCGCGAGUUGACCUUCAAGGAAGAAGGCCAGGAGUACGCUCAGGUUGUCAAGAUGUUGGGUAAUGGACGUCUAGAAGCCCUUUGCUUCGACGGCGAGAAGCGCCUAGCACACAUCCGUGGCAAGCUGCGCAAGAAGGUUUGGAUCAAUCAGGGAGAUAUCAUCCUUCUCUCCUUGCGAGACUACCAGGAUGAGAAGGGAGACGUGAUCCUCAAGUACAGUGCCGACGAGGCGAGAAGCUUGAAGGCGUAUGGCGAGUUGCCAGAGAGUGCGAAGAUCAACGAAACCGAUACAUACGGCCAUGAGGGUCUUGAUGACAACGUCGAGUUCGACGAAGACCGUGAGAGCGCCGACGAGAAAGAAAUCGAUGUCGACGAGAUCUGA